GUCACUGGUUUUGCUUGGCUGAAGGAAUGGCCCCUAAACAAGCAUGAAGUUGGUGCCUCACCAUGGUGGGAUCGCUCGCCGUUUGAUUUCUUUUGUGACUCUUCCAAGCGUCCAUUCCUCCCCCGAAUGCCCCGACAACUCCUGCCCACCCCACUCAUGUUUUGUGUGCUGCUCAAACACUGGUCAUGUGACUUCUGUCCCAACACAAUCGCAGUGCCUCGCCAUUGGCCGGUGGCUUUGAAAGAGCAUCAGUCUCCAUGGCGACGGAAUGGCGGCGCCACUUCAGAUUGUCUCCGGGCCCCUCCUAACGUUUCACACGGACUCUCACGUGCCACAUCAGGUGGCCUCAACUGUCUCGCAGUCUCAGACGAGUCUUGCACUUCUAAAGAUAGCAUUAUAGAAUCCAGACAUUGUCAUGCAUUGCUGAUGUAAGCUGAUCUGUGUCCUGUGUCUCUGAUGGAGCUGAAAGUUUGGGUGGAUGGAGUUGUACGAGUGGUUUGCGGCCUGUCGGAAGAGACGUCAUGCCAGGAUGUAGUCAUUGCACUCGCCCAAGCCAUUGGCCAGACGGGUCGUUACGUUCUCAUUCAGAGAUUGAGGGACACUGAGCGCCAACUUCUAGCCAAUGAGCGCCCACUGGAGUCCCUGGCCAAACUGGGCCAACAUAGCAGUGAGGUGCAGUUCUUCCUGCGGCGGACCGGUCCCAGCAGCAGUGAAGAUCAAAGUCUGCACAGCCGCACCCUCCCUCACUCCAAGCCUUCCACGUCAGAACCCAAACGGGGACUACCGAAGAAAUCCUUAACCUUCAACCUGGGCCCUUCCUGUUCUCCUCGUACAAAAACUAAAGACUCUCGUAAAACACCCUCUCCUGAACAGAGGGCAUCCCCAGUUCCUCACACGCCGUACCUUCCGGCGCCAUCUAAAGAGGAGGUGUUUCGGCAUGUUCUCCAGCAGCAGGAGCAGCUCCGUGCCCUUGAGUCCCAGCUGGUGGACGUGGACAGGGAAUGCGAGACUUGGGACCAGACGUCUACAGAGGAGUCGUCCCUGCAGGCAGAGUUGGAAGUCUUGGAAAAUACCUUGUGGAAGAACCAGCAAGAGUUGGUGGACGAGGAGUUCUGGGAGGAGGAACUAAAGCUAGAGACCGAGAGGGAGCGUGGGAUGAAGCGGCGGUUAGGAGAGCUGCAUGCUAAACUGGAUGACUGUGGGCAAAAGUUGCAUGAAUUCAACACUCGUGCAAUGCAACUUGAAAAGGACGUCCAGAGGGAAAUGCUACAGGUGGACACCUUGCCCAAUCAGCCCGAUUCAAAAGACUUUGUGGGGGUAGUCAAGGCAGAUGUUCAAAGUCGACAAAAGCAGGGGGAGGACUUGGAGGCAGAGCUAGUAGAGCUUGAGAAGGCUUUGGGGAGGGCGGAGACUCUGCUGAAGGCAAAGCAGGAGGAAGUGGAGGAGUUGAAUAAGGAGCUCAGACAGUGUAAUUUACAACAGUUUAUCCAGCAGGCUGGAGCCCUGCCCACCCACACUCAAUCCCGCACAGACCUUAAUGAACACCCAGAAGAACUGGACCUGACUCAACAACAGCAGGACAAACACAAUGAAUCCCCCCCACGUCCCACGGCUAAGCAGUUCCUUGGUCACCCUCGAAACCUGCAGCACCCGCUGGUGUCCAGCCUGAACCCUGAGGUCCUGACUUCCAGGGAAUCGUCUUGGCGGUAAUAAACCUGAAGCAGGGCUAAGGAUGUAGAGUGGGUUUCUGCUUAAAUUCAUCUUAACUGGCAACAGUAUAACAGUUCAUGUUAUAUAUAUCCUGUAUAUAUGAAUAUAUAUAUAUAUUAAUGAUAUAUUUACUACUUUUUGGUACAUUUCAAAAAACAUGUAUUUACUGUAAAAUAUUACCAGAUUUUAUCUCGAGGACUUUUACUUUUGUCUAUGUAUUUAAUAAAGACUGUGUCUUCGAUG